CUGCAGUGCUUUGAGUUCACUGCUCGCUCCGCCACAGUCAACCCCUGUUGUAAAUUUUCCUCCCAGAACACGUGACGAUGCAUUUCUUGACUAUAUAUCCCAAGGCCAGCAGCGGGGCUGUCAGAGCUCAGCGCCCAACACAGAAGAAAAACGUCCUCGGAUUCAGCCAUUUAGGAGUUCCACACUUGGGACACACUGCCAGCCUUUGGUAAGUUAACCCCGGCUGUGUGAGCGGCAUUUCAAUGCUGAGAAUGGAGCCUCUGAACAGUACACACCCCAGUGCCGCAGCCUCCAGCAGCCCCCUGGAGUCCCAUGUGCCUAGUAACAGCAGCGGUAAUGGCAAUGAAUACUUCUAUAUUCUUGUCGUUAUGUCCUUCUAUGGAAUUUUCUUGAUCGGAAUCAUGUUGGGCUACAUGAAAUCCAAGAGGCGGGAGAAGAAGUCCAGCCUCCUGCUGCUGUACAAAGACGAGGAGAGGCUGUGGGGGGAGGCCAUGAAGCCGCUCCCCAUGAUGUCGGGCCUGAGGUCAGUGCAGGUGCCCAUGAUGCUGAACAUGCUGCAGGAGAGUGUGGCGCCGGCGCUGUCCUGCACCCUCUGCUCGAUGGAAGGGGACAGUGUGAGCUCUGAGUCCUCCUCUCCAGAUGUGCACCUCACCAUCCAGGAGGAAGGGGCUGACGAUGAGCUGGAGGAGACCUCCGAGACCGCUCUCAAUGAAAGCAGUGAAGGGUCUUCGGAAAACAUCCACCAGAAUUCCUAG